GGGGGGGAAAUCGGCUCGUACUCAACGUCACGCAUUUAUCCUGCGAGAGGGGCUUAACAUGAGAAAGGAAAACACAGCGCCUCACAACGAGCUGUCCUUACUCUGAAAAUAGCGUUGCUGUAAAUGACGGCUGAGCUCCCAGUCGGCUUCCAUACGGACUCUUUUGUUUUGUUUUGUUUUGUUUCUUUUUUAUUAUUAUUAUUUCAGACACAACAAAGGAAACAAUAAUUGGUGAAAACAACGUGGUGGUGAGCCAAGAAGGGGAAAACACACCGAAACAGCGCUUCCCAACGCCUUCCCCCCUCUUUUUCUCUCUCCUCGCCAGACAUUUCCAGCCUAUGUGAAAGGACGGGACUUUUUCCUUGUAUUUUGGGAAGAUUUUCUCUCUCUUUUUUUUUUCUACUGCUGCUGCUGCUUUUAAUCAGAAAUGAGUCCUGUUUUUUUUUCUCCUGAGAGAGAAAGUGCAAAUGCUCAUGUCUGAAAACUUCAGACUACAGCGGGGGGUGGACGAGCUCUUAAUGUAGGGGGGAAUGGGCCAGACGGCGUGUUUACUAGAAAAGCGGAAAACAAUAAUCGAUGCGAGUAUUUCUGGGGAGUGUUGUGUGUGUGUGUGUUUUUUUAAUAUUUAAGAAAAAAGUCUUUCCCUGGCCGUGAGUCGCAGAGGAGCGACAUAGAGGAAGAACGGAGUGGACGAGAGCUGGGAAGACAAGACUGCUUGUGAUCAUGACCAGAGUUCAUUGAGCUCCAUUUUGCAUGGAAACCCUGCUUCCCCGGCAGCCCCCUCCUCUCCCUAAAGCUUGCAGCCAGCAUGGCAGGAUGAGCUUCUGCCAGCGAUAAUGAUGGCUAAAAAACAAGAUGCCCGGGCUCCCAUCUACAACCUGGUCGUGGUGGGGUUGUCUGGCACAGAAAAGGAAAAAGGCCAGUGUGGCGUGGGCAAGUCCUGCUUGUGCAACCGCUUUGUUCGGCCAAGUUCAGAUGACUUCUACCUGGACCACACCUCCGUUUUGAGCACCAGUGACUUUGGAGGUCGUGUGGUGAAUAAUGACCAUUUUCUAUACUGGGGAGAAGCUGGUAGGACGAUAGAAGAUGGGCAAGAGUGCCGCAUGAACGUGGUGGAGCAGACAGAGUUUAUUGAUGAUCAGACUUUCCAGCCACACCGUAGCACGGCACUCCAGCCUUACAUCAAGAGGGCAGCUUCCACCAAGCUGGCUUCAGCUGAAAAACUGAUGUACUUUUGCACAGAUCAGUUGGGCCUAGAGCAGGACUUUGAGCAAAAGCAAAUGCCUGAAGGCAAGCUUAUAGUGGAUGGCUUCUUACUCAGUGUUGAUGUAAGCAGGGGUAUGAACCGUAGUUUUGAGGAUCAGAUGAAGUUUGUUGGCAAUCUGUAUAAUCAACUAGCCAAAACGAAGAAGCCAGUGGUAUUGGCUCUCACCAAAUGUGAUGAAGGAGUUGAGCGCUACAUUAAAGACUCUCAUGCUUUUGCCCUUGCCAAGAAGAACCUACAGGUGGUUGAAACUUCAGCCCGCUCUAAUGUCAAUGUUGACCUGGCAUUCCUUACUCUGGUUCAGCUCAUAGAUAAGAGCAGGGGGAAGCCCAAGAUUAUACCAUACUUUGAGGCUCUGAAACAGCAGAGUCAACAGAUCGCCUUAGCAAAAGACCGUUAUGAGUGGCUGGUCACCCGAAUUGCAAACAACCACAAUGAAACAUGGCCUGUUGUCAGUCGUCGCAUGCAGACAGCUCCAGAGUACAAGGACUAUGUUUUUCUUGAGGGAACGCCAAAGGCCAAGAAACUUUUCCAACAGCAUGUUCACAGACUAAAACAAGAGCACAUAGAGAAACGCAGGAAGGCCUAUCUAAAUACUCUACCACAGGCCCUAUCUGUGCUAAUACCAGAGUUGGAUGAGAUAGACCACUUGAGUUGGUCUGGAGUUCAGAAGGUCUUGGAGACAAAGAGAGAUUUCUCUCAGUGGUUUGUAGUUUUGGAUGACACACCUUGGGAGACGACACCACACAUUGAUAAAAUGGAUGAUGAUCGAAUCCCCCAGGACCUGCUGGAGACCCCAGCAGCUGAAACCAUCUAUGAAACCCACUUGGAUCAGUUAAGGAAGGAGCGCAAACGGGCAGAAAUGAGAUGGGAAUUCAAAGAAAAGCUAAGUGUUUCUCCUUUCAUCACACCAGGGAAACCGUGGGAAGAGGCUCGAAGUUUUAUCAUGAAUGAGGAUUUCUAUCAGUGGCUGGAUGAGGCUGAAUAUUUAGACAUCUACAACAAACAUCAGAAGGAAAUCAUUGACCGGGCCAAAGAAGAUUUUCAGGAACUGCUUCUUGAAUACUCUGAGCUCUUUUAUGAGUUGGAAGUGGAUGCAAAACCAAGUAAAGAGAAAAUGGGAGCCAUUCAAGAGGUGUUGGGUGAGGAACAGCGAUUCAAAGCACUACAAAAGCUACAGGCAGAAAGGGAUGCUCUAGUACUGAAACACAUACACUUUGUUUACCAUCCUACAAAAGAUACUUGCCCCAACAGCCCCCACUGUGUUGACAGUAAGCUUGAGCAGAUACUGGCUUCCAGGUUUCCUACCAGAUACGCAUCAUCAGACAGUGCUAGACUGGAAGGUGGAAGGGCGGAACGGAUAAAUCUUGUCAUCCUAGGGAAAGAUGGACUAGCCAGAGAAAUGGCUAAUGAGAUCAGGGCAUUAUGUACUAGUGAUGACAGGUAUGUAGUCGAUGGCAAGAUAUAUGAGUUAACCCUUCGUCCUAUAGAAGGCAACGUACGUCUGCCCGUCAACUCAUUCCACACACCUACCUUCACACCACAUGGAUGCCUUUGUUUGUACAAUUCAAAGGAAUCCCUCUCUUAUGUUGUUGAGAGUUUAGAAAAGCUUAGAGAGUCAACCAUAAGCAGAAGAGAAAGGGAAAACAGCUUAGCUCAACUCCCACUUUCCCUACUUCUGGUCACUAAGCGUGGUGUUGGUUCCAUUGGGGAUAUCGGAGGAGAAACGGCUCAGACUCUAAUACAACAAGGGCAGCAGGUAGCUACAAAGCUACAAUGCGCCUACCUAGACCCAGCCUCCCCAGGUAAGGGUUAUGGCCGCAAUGUCAGUGAGAAACAGCUUAACCAGAUGCUGAGAGGCCUCUUAGAAACUCGGAGAAACAUUGGGACCAGCUCCCCUACAUUACCUCCUUUAUCCUCUGCUUACAGAGACUCUCCAUCUCAGCAAGGUAAUGAGGCAGACCUACGAAUAGUUAUGUGCCUGAUGUGUGGGGACACAUAUGAUUUAGAUCAACUACUGGCACCUUUCCUUUUGCCCCAGCAUUGUCGUCCUACAUCAAGCCAUAGCAGCGGCACAUCCGUUCUCUUGGAUCUUAAUAUUGGGGGUCAUAGACAGAAUGUUGAACUGUCUUUGCUCUCUUUCCACUCCUCAUUUUCCCUCCGAAAAACAGGUCUGGUCCACGGCUACAUUGCAGUUUACUCUGCCCGCCGUAAAGCCUCCAUGGAGACAAUGUGUGCUUUCCUUUGUGAGGUCCAAGACAUUGUCCCGGUCCAGUUGCUAGCAGUAGGGGAGAGUCAGAUGGAGUUGUCAGACUCUGAUUCAGCUAAGGAGCAAAUCUGUCAGGGAGAGGACCUGGCCCAUGAAAUCAGUGCCAGAUUUAGCACAAUAAUAUGCGGACAUGGUGGGGUAGUAGGAGGACUUCAUAAGAUAGAUCUUUUCCACUCCUUCUUACAGGAGGUGAUGGAGAAGCGCACUGUUGUUGAGGCUGCACACAUGUACGAUAAUACAGCUGAGGCAUGUACCAAUGAGAGCUGUGGGUCUCCCAGUCCAGUUCACAUCCAUGUUGACUCAGAGGAUGAUAUUGAUCCAUCACCACCUUACCCGACACUUAGGGAGGGUGGUAGUCUAAGUUCCCACCUGGGAAGUUUCAAGUUGCCAGACCUGGAAUCAAGUGAUACAUUUUCUGUCAUUUCUGAUAUUGGUACAUUUGAGAGCAAACUAAAUAACAAGGUGCCUCCACAAGUAAAGCCCAAGCCUGUGCGUAAAGUAAAUCUCGGACCCUACGUUGAUCAGCAAGGCACCUCCAACAGGCCCGUCUUGCCCCAAACUGUCACCUGGGCUCCAGGGAGUGACGGAGGCUACGACCCCUCGGACUACGCAGAGCCUAUGGAUGCUGUGUGCAAACCUCGACCUACUGAAGAGGAGAAUAUUUACUCUGUUCCUAUUGACAGCACUCAAGGCAAGAUUGUCACCAUCCGCAACGCCAACAAGGGUCAUGCCAAUGGAAGUGCUGCGGGAAACGGUUCUGACAGUGAAGCUGACAGCAGCUCGCUGGAGCGCAGGAGGAAACUGUCCGUUUUCAGUGAAAAGCCCAAGCUUUACAGAGACAGGUCGCAACGGCUUGGAAAAUUCAGCAGUUUUAGGACAAGCUUCUCUCUUGGCAGUGAUGAUGAGACGGGUGGUCCACCAAAGACAAGCCAGGACGAUGGAGGACCUCAGAAGGACAACUCCAUAGAUGAGAGUGAUGAUCACAAAACAAUGAAGAUUCUCCGGGGACUCCGCAGGAAUACAAAGAAACAAACUCGGUCCAAGCCCCGGCAUUCCAACUCCAAACCUGUUGAGAGCAACUACUUCGGCAUGCCGCUGGCUGCUGUGGUCACUCUUGAGCGACCGAUCCCCGUCUUCAUUGAGAAAUGCAUCCGCUUCAUAGAGACCACAGGACUGAGCACAGAGGGAAUCUACAGGGUCAGCGGCAACAAGGCGGAGAUUGAGGGCAUGCAGCGGCAGUUCGAACAAGACCACAACCUGGACCUGGAGAAAGACUUGAGCAUCAACACAGUUGCAGGAGCCAUGAAGGCCUUUUUCUCAGAGCUCCCUGAGCCCCUGGUGCCCUACAGCAUGCAGACGGAGCUGGUCGAGGCCUUCAAAAUCAACGACAGGGAGCAGCGCUUUCAGACGAUGAAGGAUGUCCUGCGACGUUUUCCCCGGGAGAAUUACGAGGUCUUCAAAUAUGUCAUCAGCCAUUUGAACAAGGUGAGUCAAAACAGCAAGUCUAACCUGAUGACGAGUGAGAACCUGUCCAUCUGCUUCUGGCCCACGCUGAUGAGACCCGACUUCACCACCAUGGACGCUCUAACCGCCACCCGCACCUACCAGACAAUCAUCGAGAGCUUCAUCCACCAGUGCGCGUUCUUCUUCUACAAUCAGCCCCUCUCGAACGGCCUGACCGGCUCCCCCACCUCCACGCUGUCCGGGGGCAGCGGGACCUCGGCCUACUCCUGCAUGGCCGGAGGCUACUCCUCCUCGUCCUCGUCGGCGCCGUCCCCCGCUGCCUACGUCUUCCCCGCCACCCCUCCCGUCAUUCCUCACUACGGCCCUCCCCUCCACCAGCACCACCAUCAACACAGAUCCCCUUCCCAUUCCCCACCACCCACUCCCCAGUCCACGAUCCCGGCCCUGCUGCCGCCCUCUCUGCACCCCCAUCACCCCCCGGCUGAGCAACACACGCUGUGAACCCAGGCAUCAAGGGAACGGGAAAAGGAAGAAAAUCAAAAGAGAUGGCAGAUGAAGACGGACAAAGCGCGAAGAAUUCAGAGUAAAACUGGUCAAAGUUCGAAGGAUUGGGAGAUGUAAUCUAAGAUGGAAGUCGAACUUGGGAGAGUAUGAGCGAGAUGCAGUAUGUACAGGGAGGAACUGACACGUUUGGGGGGGGGAAGUCAGAGGCGUUUUUAGCCUCCGCUGGUUUCAGAAGACGAAACAAAUGAAGAGCCUCUGAACUGACUGAAUGAACUUUUCUCUCUUUGACACUUUAUCCCCUUUGUCUCUCUGUCUCACGUCACUAGUUCCAUCCUCACUGCCUUUUAGCGAAUCUACACUAGAUUGUAGAUACUACGGUAGUGAGGAAGCUGUUCAAGGGUCUCUGGCGGGGCUCGCUUCACAAACACGUCCACCCAAACGACAGUAAAAUCCUCAAUCCGGGAGCAGACGCGCCGUAACACACGAGCCCACCUGCUGUAACAAAGCACCCCCAGAGGCUGCGGCUGCCACAAGCUGGAGGACUGAACAUGUGUUGGUUUAUUCCACCGUUGUGCAGAGGACUUGCACAAGGAAACUCGUGCUGAAGCUCACCAGGCAGAAUGUUCAGACCAAAGAAGUCGAUAAAUUCCUAUCUGUCAGCCGCUCACACACACACACACCUUGAAAGAGAGGUAAAAUUGGGUUUAAUCACAAAAGUAUGCCAGGCAGAGUUUAAAAAAAAAAAAAAAGAUCCCAACCAACUGGAUCUGCUGGUGAGGAUUAUAGGUGCUGUAGCGACCUUUGAAUUCUCUGAAAAAAGCUCCUCCCUGUUUCCUGGACUUCUUUAUAAGAUCUAAAGUUCUUAAUGUGAAAUUUUCUGAUUGGUCCAAAUCCCCGUUGAAGUACCUGCAGCUUUGCCUUUUUAUUCGGUUUCUUAACCUGAAUUUCCCUCUGCUCGACACUUAGCAGAGAUAAUUCCAGAGUUACCUGUCAUGUUUCUUUUCACGCUGUGGUGGUUUUUACAACCAAGCCUCUGUUGCUGCAAUUUUUCAUAGCGAGGACCUUAGAAAAAAGAAAGGAAAAAAAAUAACACUUUUCUGAAGCACAGUUUCAAUCCAGGGGCUGCCAUGAAUUGGCUGUUUUUGUUGUUUGUCCACUUUAUCUCUGGGAACACAACACUGACAUCUAGAGGAGGACGUGGGUAUCACUGCCACAUGAGCAUGGGCGUAGCACCUUCCUUUUGCUGUGGUUUCUGUAGCAUCUGGCGCAGUUGUCAAAAUCCUGUGAAAUCACCUUCAGUUGCGUGGAAAUAGAUGUUCUAGAGUAGACUUAAACAUAGAUGAUUUUAACUCGAAUGCAAAUAAAUAAAGAUUAUAUGAAAUCCGAAUGCAUAGCCUCAAAAUUUCCGUCACGUUUCAGUUUUCUCCUUUGCUACGAGCUCAAACCUUGACAAAGGAGCCCUGUUCUCUUUCAGACAUCGUGUUUUAGCAAAAAAGCGGACACAAAGCGAGAUAAAAAUCAGAGCUUGAAGGUAUUUAAUGCUGGAAAAAUAAUUGUUAGCCACUUCUCCGGGCCUCAGCAGUGGACACAGCUUAAGGCUCUCUGGAAUUAAAUAUCUUAUCUGGUGCUCUUGGUGGGCAAGAAAUGAAUUAUAACCACUCCACCAGGAGCUCAGUCUCUCUGAAUCCCCUGUCAGAAACAGACAGCAGAGAGAGAACAGACAGCCCAUUCAUCUGCGCGCACGACCCAAGCGGAGCACUGCUGGAUUCCUCAGGCCGAGCCCACCGUUACUGUAGAAACCGGCCGAUGCAGCUGGAGGAGAAUCGCUGAGAUCCGAUUGAAGAAGGUUUAGGGUGGAAGUGUUUUGGUUCUGUGAGCCAGACAAAACGACAUAUUUCUAACUCAACCAGUCAGUGAACAGUGAAGGAGAUUCGAUCAGCUUAUUCGCGUGCUCACUUCGCGUGUGCGCGGGCGUGUGACGCGAGAUCCGGCCGAACGUAACUGGAAGGAUUGUGACUCUGCUUUUGGUCACUUGCACCGCCGUGUAACCCUGUUAGCUCGCCCCGAUUACACGCACUGAUCCACAGAAGAAGACGGCUGAACUGGGGGCGGGGGGGGGAGCGGACAUGGGAGGGGUGCGUGAAUGGGAUCAUUAUCUGGGAGACGGAGGGGUGGGGUGGGGGGAGAGGGAGCGACCACUGGUACUUGUGUGAGAACGCCGGCCGGUGGCGUUCCCUUUGUACAUCAACCUGUUAAUACUGAACUGACUGUGAGGGCAGCCAAAGACUCUGGAAGGGAGAAAAAGGGGGACAGGAAGUUGUGGAAGCAAAGUGACAAUUUAAUGAAGAGUUGCAAACUUUGGUUCAGUGAUGAAAUUUAUUGUGGCUGCAUUAUUAUUAUUAUUAUUAUUAUUAUUAUUAUUAUUAUUAUUAUUAUUAUUAUUAUUAUUAUUAUUAUUUUGUUGAUAUUGCAACAAUUGUGACAUAUGUCUAAGUUAAAUCCAGAAACAAGCAACACUAUAUUAAAUUGUUCUCGUUAGGGUAUGGGGGUGGGGGACCUAACACUUUGCCCUUUAGUCAGGGGGUUCAUAGAAACACUUUCUUUUUCUUUUCAUGUUUAAUUUUAAGAUUUAAAGAUAUAUUUUAAAAAAAGACAAAUUAUCUUUUGCCUUUUUUUUUUUUUUUUUUGCAAUUUCUUUGUGAGCCACAGAGACCAGCCCAGUAUAAUGCAUGAUUUCUUCCCAAGAGAAAGGAAGAGGGCUUCAACACUCUCACUAUUUAAGUGGUGGUGGUGGUGGUGAUGAUGAUAUAAAAUAAUAAUAAUUAAAAAAAAAAGAAAUAAAUGGGAACUGAGGGAAAUUGAUGGUGAGAGUGAUUCUAAAAAAAUAUAUAAGUGAAGUACUGUAAAGUGAAAAGAUGACGUCACACACAAAAAAACUGUCUUUAUUUGCUGAGUAUGGUAAUUUGUCUCAGUGGGAAUGGUGUAUACAGCAAGGCCUUAUGUGACCUGUAUCAUAGUUAAUAAAUCAAAUCUUGUUAAACUCA